AUGAUCGCCUCACUCUUGUUUGGCCUCUGCCUCGCCAAGACCAUUGUCGCCGCGCCUGCACCAGCACAAGCGCAGACUUUCGAUGUAACACCAGCUGAGGACGAUGUCGUUGUACUGUUGGAGGACGGCAACCAUAUGCUCAUCAACUACACGACCUGGGUCGAGAAACUCACCUUCGAGGGUUUCUCCCUCACCCCUCCUGAGCUUGACCCUGAUUUCCUGAACUUCACAGGCGUUGAGUCGCCCAAAGGCAAUGCCCAGAAGCGCGACGAUGCCAGCUGCGAGAACACCAAGCAGAUGACUCUUGACAAAACGGAAAGGUUCGUUGAUUGGGACAUUCAAAUGUCCAAUGUUGUCUGCGCAACCGGUGCCAUGGAUAUUUUCGUGAUGUCAGGCUGGAGUGUUGCGAACUCGGUGACAAUCUCGGGCGGUCUCGACCUUGGCACGUGGUUGAAAGGCAAACUCGGACCUUCUGUUGGCGUCGACUUCGGCCGUGCCUGGAUAUCGUCCCAGUCCGCUCAGAACAAGGGCACUGUGCGAGAUGGCAACUGCGGCGUUAUGAUAACUAAGCCACUCACAACGCGUAGGUCAGGUCGGAUUCUGCAGGGCUGCUUAGGUGCUACAACUCAGAUCGCGACCUGGUAUGCAGACGAUCAUGGCACUGGCAGCUACAAUGGUGUGAGCUGGAUUGCAGGCGCUGUCGGCAUGUGUACCAAGCCAGGAACAGAGCCUCCACUCACGAGGUGUAAAGGCCAAGGAGAAUUCGUAUAG